AAGACCAAUAUUAUUUACAAAAAAUGGACGAUAAUAGUAAAAAGAUUACUGUUUUCGGGGGUGCUUCAGUUGUGGCAUAUGUUUUAUCUAGAAAAUAUAGAUACAAUGAAACGCGAAAUAAAAGGAGAAUGUGGGUGCGAGAUAUAUAUUUGAAGCGAAAACCACACGUGCUUUUUGAUAAUUUAGUUAAGGAAUUGGGGUUAAGCAAUACAGAAUUGUUUUUUAAUUUUUCUAGGAUGACUGCCUCUACUUUUGAAUAUUUGUUAUCUCUUUGUGGGUCUUAUUUAGUAAAACACUCACAGAGGGAAGCAAUAGCCCCAGCUACCAGGUUGAUGGUAACAUUAAGGUUUCUUGUGACUGGAGAUAGCUACCCUAGUUUAGGAUAUACUUUCAAAAUUGCACCGUCAACAAUUUGUAAAAUAAUUUUUGAAACCUGUAAUAUUUUAUGGCAAGUACUCUCACCAAGGGUUUUAAAAUUACCUAUUACACAAGAGUGGCUAUCAAUAGCAGAAGAUUUCAAUAAUUUGUGGCAUUUGCCCAACUGCUUGGGGGGCAUUGAUGGAAAGAAUGUACAUAUAAAAGCACCAUCCCACACUGGAAGUCAAUACUUGCAUUAUAAAAAUAAUUUUGCUAUUGUGCUUUUAGCUGUUUGCGAUUCAAAAUAUUUUCUUACACACAUAAAUGUUGGUGCUUAUAAGUCACAGUGUGAUGGUGGGGUGCUAAAAAAGUCUGAAUUUGGUCAACUUCUUCAAAAUGGAACUUUGAAUAUACCUAAUCUGCAAAAACUCCCAAAUGCAAAUGAUGAUGUCCCAUUUUUCUUUGUUGGCAAUGAAGCUUUUCCCUUGCAAGUUCAUUUAAUGAGGCCAUAUAGUAAAAAGAGAAAACUCAAGAUGCCAGAAGACCAGUUGGUGUUUAAUUAUAGAUUGUCUAGAGGAAUAAGAAUAAUUGAAAACACGCUGGGUAUCUUAACUGCUAGAUUUAGAAUAUAUCACCGUGUGAUUAAUGCAGAUCCUGAAACUGUUGAUGCUAUAGUAAAGGCAACUGCCUGUCUACAUAAUUUUAUUAAGCUACAAGAAAGUGACACACUAAUUUAUUGCGGCCAUGAAUUUGUUGACAGAGAGGUGGAUGGAAUCAUUACCCCUGGUCUCUGGAGGAAAGAAAUUCCACGAGAUUGUGCAUUAGGCACUAUCAAUUUACGAUUCGUUCCUGGUUCUAAAAAAUGGAUUUCUGGAGCAAAUGUCAUUAGACGCUUAGCUAUAAAAUGUGGAGCUAAACACCCUCAACUUCUCACCUCCACGCGAUUUAGAAAACAUAUUGCUACGACUUUGCAAUUAAUGACAAUGCAGCUGCAUCAAAUAGAGCAAGUAGCAACCUUUAUGGGACACACGCGAAAAACUCAUGCUCAGUUUUAUAGGUUGCCUCAAGACAUUUUUCAGACUGCUAAAGUCGCAAAAGUUCUCCUUUUGCUAGAAAAAGGGAAAGGAAAAGUGUUUAAAGGAAAAUGCUUAAGUGAAAUUGAAAUUGAAGAAGAAGCUUCUAUUUUAGAAUCUAGUGACGAUGACGCACCAACUAAAAAACAUACUGAAUCAUCAAUUACACAAAUAAAUCAGAAACCCCAAUCAUCUGAACAAAUAUAUAACGUACCAACAUUUAUUAUGUCUUCAGAAGACAUACAACAAAGUAAUCACGAAACCGAAAAAACUAAUUGUGCAGAAGACGUUUUACACGUACCGGAAAAAUCAUCUCAAAAUAAAGGUCGCGCUAAAUGGAACAGCAAAGAGAAAAAGUUAGUAUUGAACUAUUUUAAAAGUCAUUUAGAAGAAAAAAUAACUCCCAAGAAACACGAGUGCGAAGAGUAUGUUGCUAAAUAUCGGAAUAAUAUAACAAUUACUGACUGGGUAAAGAUAAAAACUUUGGUUUAUAAUACUUUUAGAUACAAAGUGAUCAACAAUUGAAACAAAAAUUGUCUUUCACCUUAAGAUAAAUAAACCUGUAUUCAACGAAUUUGAUUUUCAUUAAUUUUACGUUAAUUGCUGCAAUCCAAU